AUGGACGAAGAUCAAUGGGCAUAUUACAGUGCGAUGUCCGAAGAAGUUGAUAUAGAUUUUCAAGAUGAAGAAGAUUGUGGUGUGAAUGAAGCACAUGUUGAUUGUUCAGAUGCUUUUAAUACUUCUCAGGUCUUUGCAACCCGAGAAGAUGUUUUGAAGUGGGUUCGAAUGGUUGCCCAUGAAAAUGGUUUUGUUGCAAUUCAUGGAAAACCAGUGCAUGGAGGUGAAGGUUGGGCGGUGAAGCUGAUAUGUGGGAUUCACAACCAUGAAUUGGCGAAGACCUUAGUUGGACAUCCAUAUGCUGGGAGAUUGACAGAUGAUGAGAAGAAUAUCGUUGCUGAUAUGACGAAGUCGAAUGUGAAACCAAGAAACAUCCUACUAACUUUGAAGGAGCACAACAACAGCAACAGUACCUACAAAACAAAUAGGUACAGGCUCCCAUUGCUUGACAUUGUGGGGGUGACACCAACCGGGAUGACUUUCUCUGCUGGGUUUGCAUAUCUGGAGGGUGAGCGCGUGAACAAUCUUGUAUGGGCAUUGGAACGGUUUCACAUAGACAAGAAUGUGAAGGCAAAGUGCAAAUCACUAAUUGGUCAGAAGAAUGCCUGGGACUACGUAAUGGAUAGCUGGGGUAACCUGGUAGAUUGUCUUUCGGAACAGGAGUUCCCUGAGCACCUUCAAAGGGUUGAAUCUGCUCAUUGGUCUUUGAAAAGGGUAUUACAGAAUAGCGUUGGAGACCUUUGUAGUGUUUGGGAUGCAAUAAACAACAUGAUGACAUUACAGCACACUGAAAUUAGAGCAUCAUUCGAAACAAGUGCGCAUGUCGUUGGUCAUGUUUUUAAGAAAACCUUAUACAAGAGACUUCUGGGAAUGGUGUCAAGAACCACGCUAGGUCUUCCUUGUGCAUGCGAGCUACAAAGGUAUGAUGGUGGCAGCAUCCCACUGGAUGUAGUCCAUAUGUACUGGAGAAGACUUAAUUUUUCAGACCAGGGGCUAUGUGAGGCCGAAGUGAGCAUCAAGGAAGAGAUUGAUAGAAUGCAUAAAAGAUUCAAUGAACUUGAUGUUUGCGGGAAAGUUACUUUCAAGAGUAAACUCCGAGAAUUCGCAUUUCCCGAUGAGACCUCUAUGUGCCCUCCUCCAACAAAGGUUAAGACGAAAGGUGCCCCAAAAAAGGUAAUGAAAAGAAGCAAAAGAUCGACAAAGCGUGAUCCAUCUUAUUGGGAGUAUGUUGAUGCUUAUCAUUCGGUUCAAAACAGCAACACCUCAGUCAGACCCAGUGCAUCAUCUUUUGAACCACUGAAGCCAGCAAGGAUGAUCCCCAUGUUGGAUCAAUUUCCGCCAUUUAUGCAUGGUUUCAUUGAGGAUGUUGUUGAUGUGAAAGCGGAUGGUAAUUGUGGAUAUCGGUCAGUUUCCGCUUUGUUAGGUAUGAGAGAAGAGUGUUGGGCCAUGAUGCGUAACAAAUUGAUUAAAGAAUUUGGCAAAUGGUCGCAAGACUACAUAAAGAUCUUUGGUGGCACGGAGAGAUAUGAACAGCUGAGGUUGUCCCUACACGUGGAAGGGUUAUCCAAGGUUAGUAUGGACAAAUGGAUGGAUAUAACGGAUAUGAGAUAUGUAAUUGCGUCAAGAUAUAAUGUAAUCCAUGUAUCGUUGUCACGACAAUAG